UGAGGAGAUAGGCGGGAGCGAGGGAGCCAAGGAGGCCGCGGGGAGUGGAGCAGCGUGGGGAGGCCGCGCUGCUUGGUUGCUCGGUAGUACGGCGGCUCGCGAGGGAGAAUCCUGAGCGGGCUCCGGGACUGCCGGCAGGCGGGCGGGAGGGGAUGGUGUGCGGGGCUGCGGCUCCUGCGUUCCCUCCCCGCGGCGUGUGAGCUGCACUGAUUUCGUGUUCGGGGCGGCAGCGCGCACCCGCCUGGAGAUGAGGCGUCGAUUAGCAAGGUACAAGUAACAGAACCAUGGCUCAAUUUCCCACACCUUUUGGUGGCAGCCUGGAUAUCUGGGCCAUAACUGUAGAGGAAAGAGCAAAGCACGAUCAGCAGUUCCAUAGUUUAAAGCCAAUAUCUGGAUUUAUCACCGGUGAUCAAGCAAGAAACUUUUUUUUUCAAUCUGGGUUACCUCAACCUGUCUUAGCACAGAUAUGGGCUCUAGCUGACAUGAAUAAUGAUGGAAGAAUGGAUCAAGUGGAGUUUUCCAUAGCUAUGAAGCUAAUCAAACUAAAGCUACAAGGAUAUCAGCUCCCCUCUGCACUUCCCCCUGUCAUGAAACAGCAACCAGUUGCUAUUUCUAGUGCACCAGCAUUUGGUAUAGGAGGUAUUGCCAGCAUGCCACCACUUACAGCCGUUGCUCCCGUGCCAAUGGGGUCCAUCCCAGUUGUUGGAAUGUCUCCACCCUUAGUAUCUUCUGUUCCUCCAGCAGCAGUGCCUCCCCUGGCUAACGGCGCACCCCCUGUCAUCCAGCCUCUGCCUGCAUUUGCUCAUCCCGCAGCCACUUUGCCAAAGAGUUCUUCCUUCAGUAGAUCUGGUCCAGGGUCACAAUUAAACACUAAAUUACAGAAGGCACAAUCAUUUGAUGUGGCCAGUGCCCCUCCAGCGGCAGAAUGGGCUGUGCCUCAGUCAUCAAGACUGAAAUACAGGCAGUUGUUCAAUAGUCACGAUAAAACCAUGAGUGGACACUUAACAGGUCCCCAAGCAAGAACUAUUCUUAUGCAGUCAAGUUUACCACAGGCUCAGCUCGCUUCAAUAUGGAAUCUUUCUGACAUUGAUCAAGAUGGAAAACUCACAGCAGAAGAAUUUAUCUUGGCUAUGCAUCUUAUUGAUGUUGCUAUGUCUGGCCAACCACUGCCACCUGUCCUGCCUCCAGAAUACAUUCCACCUUCUUUUAGAAGAGUUCGGUCUGGCAGUGGGAUAUCUGUCAUAAGUUCAUCAUCUGUAGAUCAGAGGCUACCAGAGGAGCCAGCGUUAGAAGAUGAACAGCAACAGUUAGAAAAGAAAUUACCCGUAACAUUUGAGGAUAAGAAGCGGGAGAAUUUUGAGCGUGGCAAUCUGGAGCUGGAGAAGCGCAGACAAGCUCUCUUGGAGCAGCAGCGCAAAGAGCAAGAGCGCCUGGCUCAGCUGGAGCGGGCUGAGCAGGAAAGAAAAGAACGGGAGCGCCAGGAGCAGGAGCGCAAAAGACAGCUGGAGUUGGAGAAGCAACUGGAAAAGCAACGGGAGCUCGAACGGCAGAGAGAGGAGGAGAGGAGGAAAGAGAUUGAGAGGCGAGAGGCUGCAAAACGGGAACUUGAACGACAAAGACAACUUGAAUGGGAACGGAAUCGAAGGCAAGAACUUCUAAAUCAAAGAAAUAAAGAACAGGAGGACAUAGUUGUACUGAAAGCAAAGAAAAAGACUUUGGAAUUUGAAUUAGAAGCUCUAAAUGAUAAAAAGCACCAACUUGAAGGAAAACUUCAAGACAUCAGAGGUCGAUUGAACACCCAAAGGCAAGAAAUUGAGAGUACAAACAAGUCUAGAGAGCUGAGAAUUGCAGAAAUCACCCAUUUACAGCAACAAUUGCAGGAAUCUCAGCAAAUGCUUGGAAGGCUUAUUCCAGAAAAACAGAUACUCAAUGACCAGUUGAAACAAGUUCAGCAGAACAGUUUACACAGAGACUCACUUCUUACACUCAAAAGAGCCUUAGAAGCAAAAGAAAUAACCCGGCAGCAACUAAGAGAUCAACUGGAUGAGGUGGAAAAAGAAACUAGGUCAAAGCUGCAGGAGAUUGAUAUUUUCAAUAACCAACUGAAGGAACUGAGAGAAAUACAUAGUAAACAGCAACUCCAGAAGCAAAAGUCCAUAGAAGCUGAACGACUCAAACAGAAAGAACAGGAGCGAAAAGUCAUAGAAUUAGAAAAGCAAAAAGAAGAAGCCCAAAGACGAGCUCAGGAAAGGGACAAACAAUGGCUGGAACAUGUGCAGCAAGAGGAUGAGCAUCAGCGGCCAAGAAAACACCACGAGGAGGACAAGCUAAAAAGGGAAGACACUAUCAAAAAGAAGGACAGCGAGGAGAGAGGAAAACAGGAAGCACAAGACAAGAUGAGUCGGCUUUUCCAUCCACACCAAGAACCAGCCAAGCCAGCUUUCCAAGCUCCAUGGUCCACCGCAGAAAAAGGCCCACUUACGAUUUCUGCACAGGAGAAUGUAAAAGUGGUCUAUUACCGAGCAUUAUACCCUUUUGAAUCCAGAAGUCAUGAUGAAAUUACCAUCCAGCCCGGAGAUAUAGUCAUGGUGGAUGAAAGCCAAACUGGAGAACCGGGGUGGCUUGGAGGAGAACUGAAGGGGAAGACGGGAUGGUUCCCUGCAAACUAUGCAGAGAAGAUUCCAGAAAAUGAGGUUCCCACUCCAGCCAAACCAGUGACUGAUCUGACAUCCACCCCUGCCCCCAAACUGGCUCUGCGUGAGACCCCCGCUCCUUUGCCAGUGACCUCUUCUGAGCCCACCACAACCCCCAACAACUGGGCGGACUUCAGCUCCACGUGGCCCACCAGCACAAGUGAGAAACCAGAGACAGAUAACUGGGAUGCCUGGGCGGCCCAGCCUUCUCUCACCAUACCCAGUGCCGGCCAGUUGAGGCAGAGAUCAGCCUUUACCCCAGCCACAGCAACUGGCUCCUCCCCGUCUCCUGUGCUGGGCCAGGGCGAAAAGGUAGAAGGGCUACAAGCACAAGCCCUGUAUCCUUGGAGAGCCAAAAAAGACAACCACUUAAAUUUUAACAAAAACGAUGUCAUCACGGUCCUGGAACAGCAAGACAUGUGGUGGUUUGGAGAAGUUCAAGGUCAGAAGGGUUGGUUCCCCAAGUCGUACGUGAAACUCAUUUCAGGGCCUAUAAGGAAAUCAACAAGCAUAGAGUCUGGCUCAUCAGAAAGUCCUGCAAGUCUAAAGAGAGUAUCUUCCCCAGCUACGAAGCUGGCCGUCCCAGGAGAAGAGUUUAUUGCCAUGUACACUUACGAGAGUUCUGAGCAAGGAGAUUUAACCUUUCAGCAAGGGGAUGUGAUUUUGGUUACCAAGAAAGAUGGUGACUGGUGGACGGGAACAGUGGGCGACAAGUCCGGAGUCUUCCCUUCUAACUAUGUGAGGCUUAAAGAUUCAGAGGGCUCUGGAACUGCUGGGAAAACAGGGAGUUUAGGAAAAAAACCUGAAAUUGCUCAGGUCAUUGCUUCAUACACUGCAACCGGCCCUGAACAACUCACUCUGGCGCCCGGUCAGCUGAUUUUGAUCCGCAAAAAGAACCCAGGUGGAUGGUGGGAAGGAGAGCUGCAGGCACGUGGGAAGAAACGCCAAAUAGGCUGGUUCCCGGCAAAUUACGUCAAGCUUCUAAGCCCUGGGACAAGCAAAAUCACUCCAACAGAGCUCCCCAAGUCAGCGGCACUGCCCACAGUGUGCCAGGUGAUCGGGAUGUACGAUUACACUGCCCAGAACGACGACGAGCUGGCCUUCCACAAGGGCCAGAUCAUCAACGUCCUCAACAAGGAGGACCCCGACUGGUGGAAAGGAGAAGUCAAUGGGCAAGUGGGACUCUUCCCGUCCAAUUAUGUGAAGCUGACCACAGACAUGGACCCAAGCCAGCAAUGGUGCUCAGAUUUACACCUUUUGGAUAUGUUGACCCCGACUGAAAGGAAGCGACAAGGGUAUGUCCACGAGCUCAUUGUCACGGAGGAGAACUAUGUGAACGACCUCCAGCUCGUCACAGAGAUCUUUCAGAAACCCCUGAUGGAGUCUGAGCUGCUGACAGAAAAAGAGGUUGCUAUGAUUUUUGUUAACUGGAAGGAGCUGAUUAUGUGUAAUAUCAAACUACUGAAAGCGCUGAGGGUCCGCAAGAAGAUGUCCGGGGAGAAGAUGCCCGUGAAGAUGAUCGGUGACAUCCUGAGCGCCCAGCUGCCGCACAUGCAGCCCUACAUCCGCUUCUGCAGCUGCCAGCUCAAUGGGGCGGCCCUGAUCCAGCAGAAGACCGACGAGGCCCCAGACUUCAAGGAGUUCGUCAAAAGAUUGGCAAUGGACCCUCGGUGUAAAGGAAUGCCGCUGUCUAGCUUUAUACUGAAGCCCAUGCAGCGGGUCACAAGAUACCCACUGAUCAUUAAAAAUAUCCUGGAAAACACUCCUGAAAAUCAUCCUGACCACAGCCACUUGAAGCAUGCCCUGGAGAAAGCCGAGGAGCUGUGCUCCCAGGUCAACGAGGGGGUGCGCGAGAAGGAGAACUCCGACCGGCUGGAGUGGAUCCAAGCCCACGUGCAGUGCGAAGGCCUGUCCGAGCAACUGGUGUUCAAUUCAGUGACCAAUUGCUUGGGGCCACGCAAGUUUCUGCACAGUGGGAAGCUCUACAAGGCCAAGAGCAACAAGGAGCUGUACGGUUUCCUUUUCAACGACUUCCUUCUCCUGACUCAAAUCACAAAGCCUUUGGGCUCUUCUGGCACCGACAAAGUCUUCAGCCCUAAAUCUAACCUGCAGUAUAAAAUGUACAAAACACCUAUUUUCUUAAAUGAGGUUCUAGUAAAAUUGCCCACGGACCCUUCUGGAGAUGAACCCAUCUUCCACAUCUCACACAUCGACCGAGUCUACACCCUCCGGGCAGAGAGCAUAAACGAACGGACUGCCUGGGUGCAGAAAAUCAAAGCUGCUUCUGAGCUCUACAUAGAAACCGAGAAGAAGAAGCGAGAGAAGGCAUACCUUGUUCGUUCCCAAAGAGCCACAGGAAUCGGCAGGUUGAUGGUGAACGUGGUGGAGGGCAUUGAGCUGAAGCCCUGUCGAUCGCACGGAAAGAGCAACCCGUACUGUGAGGUGACCAUGGGCUCCCAGUGCCACAUCACCAAGACCAUCCAGGACACUCUGAACCCCAAGUGGAACUCCAACUGCCAGUUCUUCAUCAGAGACCUGGAGCAGGAAGUCCUCUGCAUCACAGUGUUUGAGAGGGACCAGUUCUCCCCGGAUGAUUUUUUAGGUCGGACAGAGAUCCGUGUGGCUGACAUCAAGAAAGACCAGGGCUCCAAGGGGCCGGUUACGAAGUGUCUGCUGCUGCACGAGGUCCCUACCGGGGAGAUAGUGGUCCGCCUGGACCUGCAGCUGUUUGAUGAGCCGUAGGAGUGCCCGGACAUGCGCAGAAGAGCUCCUUCCUGAAGCCCCACCUGCUGUCUGCAAACUGUAAUCCUCUUCUCAGAAGCCACCGUUCAGUUUCAGGGCAAAGGGACAGCAAAGACGGGCCCCUCCGAAGCUCCUAGGAGUAAUUCUCGACAAUCCCGUUCCUCUCCACCCAUUUCCCACUUUAUGAAACAAAACUCUGUUUUCCUUUGUGCUCACUGCGGGGGUCUCAUCGUGGCUUUGCAGGGCCUCUGAAAUCCCAUUACCUUCCGUUAGGUUUGGUUAGGAACCCGGCCCAUCCUCUAGCUGGAGGCACGGAUCUGGUGACUAUAAAAUGGAUUUAUAAAUGCA